AUGGAGGAAUUGAUUGAUAACGUGUUGGGAGUGAGAAUAGCACCUUGCCUUGUGCAUUUCAUGGAUGUGUCAGUCGGGAAGACAUACCAAGCCAAAAUAAUCGUACAGAAUAUCAGUCAUGUAGCCAAAUCUAUCAAGGUUAUUGGACCACAAAACGCACAGUUUACACUUUCUGUGCAGAAUACAGAAAAACCAAUAGCUCCAGGACUUCAAAUAACAGCAACUGUUGAAUAUAAGCCAUCUAAAAAAGAAGACAUUAGUGACAAGUUACUUGUUGUUGUUGAUAAAGAUGUCAUCAAUGUGCCGCUACUGGGGUUUACACCAUCCUGUUAUUUAGAAAUUGAUCCUGAAGUUCAUUUUGGGAAUAUCAUUGCAAACAGCAAAGUAAUAUAUAAGGAGAUUGGCAUUACAAACCAUGGUUCAUCUCCAGGUACUUUCAAAAUAAAGUACAAUGGAACUAUUCCUAUUACUAUAACCCCAACCAGUGGUACUGUGGAGCCAAAAACAACAAAUUUAAUAAAGCUGGAACUUUGUGCAGAUGUUCCUGUUGUCAUUGAAGAAUUGGCUAAGGUUAAACUUCAAGGUCGUGAAGAAAUGUCUUUCCUAAUUAAAGGGAAUAUUGUCCAACAAUCUCUGGAGUUACUAGACCUGUCUGGCAAAUCUUUAAAAUGUGUUCACUUUGGAGCUGUCUAUUUUGGAACAUCAAAGUUUCAGAAAGCAGUGAUAUACAAUGAUAGUCCAGAAGAAGUGAGCUGGGUGUCUGUCCUGGAUGAUAAUGCACUUGGAGUUGAAAUGGGCACUGAUAUUGGGAAGAGUACAGAUGCUGUUUUACAAGAAAUCAAUUAUAGGAAAAGGAGAAAUGAAACGGAUGUGUCAGCUUUACUUUCUUGCUUCCCUAAUCAAGGUGUCCUCUUACCUUACCAAAAAACCACAGUCACCCUUUGUUUCAGUCCUACACAAAAUGAAGACAUUGAUUCAAAUGAAUGCCCAUCUCAGCAGGAUUUUGCACUUUUCCUGAGGUUUGAACUAGUAGGAAGCAAAGAUGGAUUUUUCCAGUCACAUACAGACAUACAAAUGUGUAAUAAAGGACAAAAGAAACGCUAUGUGGAACUGGCUGCCACUGGCUCUGCUUUGCCGGUCACAUUAACAUUCAGUCCAGGGACAGCAUACAAUUUUAAGGAAUGCUUGAUUGGUGAAAGGAUCGAUAUUCUCUGUUCACUAAAAAAUGAAUCUCAAUUCCUCCCUGUGGUGUUCAGCUUUCGCAAGAUAUCGCAUUUUCAUAUCUCUCCAGCUAAUGGCAAGAUAGAGCCAGGACAUUCAAAGGAUGUGAUGUUUUCAUUUGUUCCACAUCAACCAGGAACUUUUAAAGUAAAACAAGUGGUAGAUAUUUUGGGUCCCACAUCAGAUGAUCAUUUAAAAACAAAAGCCUUUCACCAAAAAAAGCUCACUUUUAUUGCAGCCUGCAAACCAUCAACUAACAAAAUAGUCAUGAAAAUCAACCCUGGAAUAACUCCUUUGGUUACUAACCCCAUUGGACAGUUUGUACAAGGAGCACCUCAGGAAUCUACAGCGGUCAUGGGAUCCUUACGCAUGGCCACUUUGAAUGCAGCUAAAACACAAAUACACGAUCACCAAAUAACAAGUGAUGUUGACAAAGAUGUGCAAGUGGCAUUUCCAAAUGAUCGAGCAGCAAGCAUAAGACCUAGUGACCGCAAAGUACAAUACAGGACAAUAUUCACCAAAAUGGAGAGGUAUAACUAUGUGGAUCCUGAUUACACAUACUCAGAAGAAGAAGAAAAGUUAAAGCAAGUCCAUAAGGACUAUUAUACCGACUAUAUAAAAAACAGGAGGGAGCGACGCCUUAAAGAAAACAAAGACCGAGAGUUUCAAGAAAUGAACAAUGAAGUAGAAAUUGGCAUUACACCAGCAGCAGGUCUAGAGCCACCCACUCUCUCUACUGCUGAAUGUUUUAGUGAGCAACAAAAGCCAAAAACUGCUCCCAUGACUAAGGGCCGCAUGUUGACAACUUGCCAGCUGGCAUCUGUAGAAUCUAGAUCGGUGACCAUGGAAAUUAAUGAGGGGCUUAAUGCAAUGCCAUGCACUGCAUCUGAGAAGGAGGACUGCAGCUUAGAACUGACACCUCAGCAACUUCAUCAAGUGGUUAUAGGUCCUUCCACAAUAGACUUUGGUGAAGUCUGUGUACGUUCUACAUCUAUUAAAGAACUGAACAUCAUAAAUAGUCUUGCCAUGUACAUCUGGGUUCAGGUGGAGAUAGACUGUGAGGAGCUGCAGCAAACUAGCCCUCUUUCUCAUGUUGUGCCACCUAUGUCAAAGACUGACAUCCCUGUUGUCUUUGAAACAAACUCACUGGGGAAGUUUAAGAAGUCAAUAACCUACACCGUAAACAGCAAACAUUCUGGUCACAUCAUUGUAACUGCAAAAGCAGUUCCUGUUGCCCUUGAGCUAUCAUCUCAUGAGCUGAUUCUGAAACCGAACAAUGACUUUUUAGCUGAGGCAGGAUUUAGAUCGUCCAUAAGAUUACACAAUCGCAGAAAUCACCCAGCUGAUUUUAGCUGGAAGCCAAUCAUAACUGAAAAAGGAAUAGCUUUUUCAAUACGCCCAGCAAGAGGCAUUGUUGAUGCUUAUGAAGAUCUAGAAUGUGAAGUGGUAUGGCAUCCAGGAUUCAGCUCUCCUGAAAUAGGAGAAUUCAGUCUCUUAGUGCAGCAGAGAUAUUCAGCAAAACUAAGAUGCAUUGCAGAGCUUGGAUUGACAAGUGUCCAGUUUACUGAACAAAGAGUACACUUUCAUCAUGCUCCACCUGGCCUAACAACUUGCAAAACAGCCAUUAUUCAGAACACAGGAAUGAAUCAUGCAUAUUUCCAGGUAGUAGAUAUAAGUCCACUGCCUGGUAUGACGAUUACACCAUCUCAGGGUGUGGUGCCAGUGGGAGGGUAUGCAACUCUUAAGAUCUUCUUCACUCCACGAGCGGUUAUGAAGUUUGACACCAGAGUCGAGGUGUCAGUGCGGAAUACAAAGACUUUAGAAUUAAGAAUUGGAGGAUCGGUUGUGCCACCAGAAGUAGAUAUUUCUGUUAGCUCAUUUCUUUUUCCUGGAGUAUAUGCAAAUUCUACCCAGGCUAUACCUUUUUUGCUUCAGAAUAAAGGGGUAACGCGUGCAAAAGUAGAAUUUGAUCUUUCUCAGUAUGAGGAUUUCUCACUGUCCUUUAAAGAUGAUUUAGCUGUUGAGAUUGGACUACUGUACCCCCAUCUUUAUACUGUGCAUUUAGAGGAGAAAGAAACCCUGGAAUGUGCCCUUCAUUUCAAUCCUAAAGAGGUGGCAGCGUAUGACUUCCAGCUUCCCGUAAACAUAAACUUCAGUGGUGGAGUAAAUGAUGCUGACAGCUCUGCUUCUGUCACUCCAACCGAUUCGGAAAAGCAUAUUGUUGUUCCCAGGCCUCAAAUGGUGGAUGUCAUCACUCCAGCAUGUAAAGUGAAUGCUACGGUGUUACAGACAGUUCUCCAGUUCUCCACUACAAGGAUUUCAUUUGAAUUGCCAUCUGAAGUGUUUAAAUUGGGCAUUGCAGAUGACUCUCUGUUCUCACAGGCACUUGAACUAAGCAACGUUUCAAGGCAAAAGGUGACAUGGAGAUUAAACAUUGAUCAGAAUGUGGAACUGAUUAAGAAUGGAAUUUUUAAGUUCAGCAAGCGGUUUGGUAUACUGGAACCAGGAGACAGGACUAAUAUAAUUGUUAACUUUUGUCCAGUUGGACCAGGGGUUUAUUCCGCAGAAAUACCUGUGAUUCUGAAUGACAAUCCAGACAGCAUUUAUACACCUCUCCAUUUGUUUGGAACCUCCAGAAAACCACAGCUAACGUUUAACCCACCACUUGUCAUACUUACCCCCGUACCCUUGGACACAGAAAUUCAAGCAACUGUUGAAAUAACACCCACAGAUUAUUACAGGACAUCUGUAUUAAAUGUGGAAAUUCCAGAGGUAGAGCUUGAUAACGGUGAAAGGGUAGAAGUGUUUUCAGUCUACUUCCCCAAUGGACAGAUCAUUAACAAUUCCAGCCACCCGAGUGAAAAACUUAUCUGCCGGAUCUGCUUCAGAUCUUUCAGUCCACUGUGUUGCUUGGUUGAUCUAGUAUUCACUGAUGAAGAAAACAACAAGUUUCCUCUUCAGGUUGCUGCUGUGGCUGAAAACUGCAUACUCACAGUGUAUCCUUAUUUAGCCUAUCAUCGAACAGAUCAGCAGGUCAUCCUAAGAAGUGGCCAUAAUGGAAAUGGAAAAAAUGGCAGCACCAGUGAAGCUGUUCUGCAUCCUUGCUACAUACCAGAAACGCCUUCCCAGAGUACAUCAUCCAGCUCUCUUGGUGCUGUUACAAGCUCCACUUACGAAGAUUCAGUCUCAGAAGAUGACAAUGCGUUGGGUAAUGAAAGAACACAAACUGGAGAUGCAGAGAUUCAAUAUCACAAAACAAAGGACAAACUGGAGCUUUUGUUUUAUCCGGAAGAAGAUACAGAAGAAUGGAUAUUUUUUCAAAAAGUUUCAGCUAUAGUUCAGACAUGGUUCAGCCUGUUUGGGUGGCCUAGUGGCUCCAAUCCUAUUACAAUACCAGAUUCUUUGUGGAGUGCUGUGUGUAAAGUCAAGCUGUCAAAGUCCGAAGGAAAGAUCCCGAAAACAAUAAACCUUGGCAAGCAGGCAAAAACCAUUUAUGACAUGCUGUUCUACCUGAGUGGACAGAUGCUGCCUGGAAUUACUGCAAGCCAGUCAUUGCCCGCUGAUCCCACAGAAAGAGUCCUGCAGCUCCAUUGGCAGCAUGCAACACUGCUCACUUUCCUCAAGAACCAAGGAGCAUCUCUUCCUCACAUUAAACCAGAAUACCUGUUUGAACCCCUGGACUACGAGCGAUGGAUCCAAGUACAGAAUCAGAUUCAAAAGAUGCAGAAAUCUAGCAAAAAGAAUGCAGAUCUGGCCAAUAAUGUUCUUUUUCCUAUUAGCCAGACUGCAUUCCAGUCUGUGGGUAAACGCUCGUGGACAGAUGUACUGCUCCAGAUAUAUAAGGUGUUGAUUCUCUCACGUGUUGAACAGAGAAAGACCGAUGAUGAGAUUGUGAUUGAUAGCAUGCCAAAGAUCAGUGCUGAGCCUCUGUCAAGUAAUAUAUACUCCACAUCAGAAAGAAUUCUUCUUACUUGGCUCAAUGUUCAUUAUGAAAAGAUGAGAAAGGUGGCAUGGAAAAACUGUAAGAAAGGGGACAUACCACCCACAAGAUGGAUCAUGAACUUUGAUAAAGACCUUUUAGAUGGUCUUGUCCUAGCAGCUCAGGUGGCAGCCUAUUGUCCAUAUCUUGUUUCCUCUCAUUUCAUAGACAUGUAUACCAGUCCAGGGUCUUCAGAGCAAUGCCUUCACAACUGCCUGAUCCUGAUGAAUUCUUUCCGAACAAUCAAUCUUAACAUUGACAUACAGGCUACUGACCUAUGUGACCCAAAUCCAGUGAUGAUGCUAAUGUUGUGUGUGUACCUGCAUGAAAAACUGCCGCUUUAUGUGCCUAAAAAGACUAUAACAUUUGAUGGACCGCUUCACCAAAUUAUUCCACGCCAGGUCCGUCUGAAAAAUCCAAGCAGCAGACCACUAGUGUACAAUGCUACAGUUGUAGGUCGAGAGUCAGCUGAUUUCUCAUUGCCUAAAGGAAACACAAUAACGAUUGCCCCAAAGAGCCAAGCGGACAUAACUGUACACUAUAGAAGCCGUUUCUUGCAUUCUGCUGAAGCAACUCUGUUAUUGGUAUCUAGACCAGCUAAUGGAGCAGGUGGAACCACGGUGGCUUUCUCCCUCCAUGCAAGGCUGACUGAUUUGGCCCCCACUGUCCAGCUAAAGCAGGAGUCUCCGUGUUACAAGCUGGAAAAGCUUGCUUUGUCUGUUCAAAACCCCUACAAGGAAAAUGGGAAAUUCGAGGUGAUGUUAGUGGAAUCUACAAGCUACUUACUGUUUCCUGAUUUCCAAGAUGAAAUUGCCAAGUUAAAGCAUGAAAAUGAUUGCAGCGUACUAGCACACACAAAGGUGACUGGAAAGCACUCUGCUUGAGAAAGGAGUCACUCUAAAACAGAAAAUCCAAGUUGGAAGUGCCAAUUCUUUUGUCCCGUAAAUUCUAUUUUCUUAAAAGAAGCCAUUACAGCAAACUUGCAAGUUAAUUUUCUUCCAUUCAAUCUUGGAAAACGCUACUGCACAAUUUUUUUCACCAACAGAGAGAUUGGUGACUUUGCAUAUGUGAUUGAGGGAACUGGAACUUCACCCUUGCCAUCAUCAUUUAUUCCUGUUGACAGUCCAAAUGUUUUUCAAGCCACUGAUUCACUUUCAGGCAGCACGCAUUCAAAGAAAACCUACUAUCUUAAAUGUAAAGAAAACAGUAUCUUAGAAGAAAAUCUAAAGAUCCCAUUGUUUAAUGAAAAAAGGGAGAGAGCUUUGGCAAUUGCAGCCCAAAUGCAAAUGUCACUUCUGGAGUACGAGCGCAGAAAAGUCACUGGCACACUGGAGAGCAGCAGUGUCCGAGCUGCAGUAGCGGCACCUGGAGUUAACAGAGAGGAGGUAAGUUAUAUGUCUCCUUCUUCCUCCUGCUCUAAAAUGUUCCAGUCUAUCCAGUAUGAUGUGGAAAUAAGUAUGCCUGAGCAUUUUGAGAUUCCAAAGCAAAUUUCCAUUCCAGUUUCUACAAAAAGACGACUCUCUGUUAAACACACCUUAGCUAAAGGAAGUCAGCAGCAUAAUGAGCAAGUUUCCAGUUCAUCCAAUGAUGCACAGCCAUAA